AGAGAGCCAGAUGAGGGCAAAGCUUCUUGAUGCUGUGUAACCAGUUUAGUAACUUUGUUUGUCCCUGAUUUGGGUUUAAUGUUAACCCAACAAUUAGUUUAGCUCUAACUACAGUUCAAUUCUCUCUCUUUCUUUUAUUUUACCGUUCUUCUGAACCCGGAACACACCCGAUAUACUCAUCUGGUCAACUACUAAAAUCCAAAUUUGACUUCUGUUGGUUAAUAAUUUACUUUUCUGCCAUUUCUUAAGUGUUUAUUUUUGCUAAGCUUUUUUCCUAUUUGGAUGCCUUGCUGGCAUUCUCGAUAAUCUUAGUAAUGACUGUUACCUGAUGGAUUAAUAAUAUUGAUUAAGUUUAAUUAUUUCUUGUUUUCUGGUUACCCCUUGUUGACAAAAUCAUCUUUAAUAAAAAUUGCUACAAACAGUAAACACUAACAACGGUCAUAGACACACUGACAACAUGUAUAGACCUUAUGGUUUGCCAUCAAACAUCUUAUUACUCAGGAAUAUUGUGGCCUUAUAUUUAAUUGUUGUUAUAUUUGUGUUUUCUGGUUUGAUCAAGUCAACUCAUGGUUAUAACUCCAAUGGAUUAUCACAUCACAAUAGUCCACCUGUUUUUGAUUUUAAACGUGAUUGGAUUAUCAAAGAGACUGAGCCCUUAGGUCAUAAAGUUGCAACCGUUUCAGCUCAUGAUGCUGAUGGAGAUGAAAUCAAAUAUGGACUUGAGGCUGGUCUAUUUCGUGAUGGUCUUCAAUAUUUUAACAUUAAUCCUCAGACUGGACAAGUUUUUAUCAAACAGUCAUUAACUGGACAGGCUGGGAACAGUUUUUAUAUUCUUGUAACAGCUGACGAUGGCUACCAUUCGGCAAAAAUCGAAGUAAAUGCAAGAAUUGUUAAGCAAAAUAGUGAUAUAAAUGAUUAUGGCUUAAAUAAACCCUCUCAUCCCUUUUCACCUUUUCAUGGAUCUUUUCCUGGAUCCAUUUUUGGCCAAAAUGGACACAAUAAUGGAUCUCCAUCGAUUAACAUACCAAUCCAUCCAUUUUCAACACCAAAAGGAAUCCCGUCAACAACUAAAAAGCCAACAACUAGCAGCUCAACUGUGCCUGCAAAUAAACCAACUCAGAAAGCAAAAAACACAAUCAAACCUUCAUUUAAAGUCAAUGUUACUCGUCCAUUAGUGGCCUCAAACGCAUCAUUUACUCAUAGUUUUGUCAAUUCGUCAUCAAUUAAACAAACUGUUGCAAGUAAUAACUCAGUUUAUGUGAAAUCUACAACUCAAUCACCAAACAUAACAACGCAAUCAUCAAUCACAUUAACACCUUCAACAACUUUAAACCCACCAACAACACCAGAAACUGUGACAACUACUUUAAAGCCAAUUGUAUCAAAUUCUCAUCAUGGCUCUAAUCUUCAUCGACACUCUCAUUCAUCUUUUCAAUUGAUUUUUGAAAUUCUUCCUCUCCUUGCUACAAUCUUUUUUUUCACCUUCAUUGGUUUCCUCAUUUAUGGACUAAGUCGUUUCUGUACUAGUCGAUCCGAAUCAACUUCACACCUUGGUUCAUGGCCAAUGAUGAUUAAACCUUCAGCCAAUAAAUGUGACUCCAUAGAGACAUCUGUAUGCUCCAUUACUAGUGAUCUGGAGUAUCGACCAGGUCCAUUUUAUCCACCAAACAUUUUCCCUUCAGCACCAGAUAGUUACAACUUAUUUGGUCCCAACGAUUUAAACCCCAAACAAUUGAUACCAAAUAAUUUAGAUCAAUGGGAAUUUCCAAGACACCAUCUUCGUCUUUUAGGAAUCCUCGGUGAAGGCUGCUUUGGUCGAGUCUGGAAAUGUGAAGCCUUUAAUAUCAACAAUGUUGAGGGGGCAACAAUUGUUGCUGUUAAGACGACUAAAGAAACCUCGUCUGAGCAAGAAAAAAGAGACUUGAUGAGUGAAUUGGAAAUCAUGAGUCAACUUGAAUCACAUCCUAAUGUUGUCAGUUUGUUGGGAUGUUGUACUGAAAUUGAGCCUCGAUUCCUCAUACUAGAAUAUGUUCCUUUUGGUACUCUUCAAAGCUAUCUUAGAGACAAUCGCUCUGAAAGAUUUUACGGAAAUAUUCUUGGUGCAUUUACUUCACAAGAUUUAACAUCUUUUGGUUACCAAAUAUCAAAAGGAAUGGAAUAUAUCAGUUCCAAAGGGAUUAUUCACCGAGAUCUCGCAGCUCGUAACAUUUUAAUGGGAAACAAUAAAACGUGUAAGAUUGGAGAUUUUGGAUUCUCACGUAAAGUCACAAUCAAUCAAAUCUAUGAACGUAAAUCUGAAGGUCGUCUUCCUAUAAGAUGGAUGGCUCCUGAAUCAUUGUCAGAUAAUGUUUUCACCACUCAAAGUGAUGUCUGGUCAUUUGGUAUUUUAAUGUGGGAAAUUGUUACUCUUGGAUCAACUCCAUAUCCAGGGAUGUCCACCAAAGAAGUGAUGAGAAAAGUCCGUGAAGGAUAUCGUCUCGAAAAACCUGAACAUUGUAAACGAGAAAUUUACAAUAUAAUGUUUUAUUGUUGGAACAAAUUGCCCGAAGAUAGACCCGAUUUUCCUGAGAUAACCAAAAUGCUAGAUAAUUUGGUUACAAGUGAGAAUGAUUAUAUUGAGCUUGAUAGGUUUCCUGACCAUUCCUAUUAUAAUGUUAUUGCUAACCUUUCCGGAGAAAAGCUCUAAUCACAAUUAUUUGAUUUGAUCACAAUUAGUGGGCAAAUCAUUCUUUAAACUAUUCUCAUUAUUUUGAUAAUUUUUGUCAACUCACUAUUGUAUUUUUACCCAUCAUAUUCUGGUCAUUUUAACCCACUUUUGUUAUAUUUUUUUGCCAUAACCAUGAUAAAUUAUAUUUUAUUUAAAAUAAAUUGAUCAUUCUAA